CGCUAUAUAAAAGCGCUGGCAGCUCCUUCUCACUCACAUCCCUCAAGGUCUGGGAAGUUGCUGAGGAGACUUUUCUAUUCCCGCCAGUAAAACACACAUAAGUGAAGUGCAAUCAUGCCUUUCGGCAACUCCCACAACACACUGAAGAUGAAGUACAGCGUGGAUGAUGAGUUUCCAGACUUGAGUAGCCACAACAACCAUAUGGCCAAGGUGCUCACCCGUGAUCUUUAUGCAAAGCUGAGGGACAAGGCGACACCUAAUGGAGUUACUGUGGAUGAUGUCAUUCAGACCGGGGUUGACAACCCAGGCCACCCUUAUAUUAUGACCGUGGGAGCUGUCGCUGGGGAUGAAGAGUGCUAUGAUGUGUUCAGUGAUCUGUUGGACCCCAUCAUUGAAGACCGACAUGGUGGUUACAAGCCAGGAGACAAGCACAAGACUGACCUGAAAUCUGAAAACUUGAAGGGUGGUGACGACCUGGACCCAAACUACGUCAUUAGUUCCCGUGUUAGAACUGGCAGAAGUAUCCGUGGUUUUUGCCUCCCACCUCACUGCAGCCGCGGGGAAAGACGAGCCAUUGAAAAACUCUCCAUUGAAGCUCUGGACAGCCUGGAUGGAGAUCUGAAAGGAAAGUACUAUGCUCUCAAGAACAUGAGCGACGCAGAGCAGCAGCAACUCAUCGAUGACCACUUCUUGUUUGACAAGCCGGUAUCUCCCCUGCUUCUGGCCUCAGGGAUGGCCCGGGACUGGCCUGAUGCCAGAGGAAUUUGGCACAAUGACAGCAAGACUUUCCUUGUCUGGAUCAAUGAGGAGGAUCAUCUCCGUGUCAUCUCCAUGCAGAAGGGUGGAAACAUGAAGGAAGUCUUCAAAAGGUUCUGUGAUGGCCUUACUAGGAUUGAAUCUCUGAUCAAGGAAAAAAGCUUCCAGUUUAUGUGGAAUCAGCAUCUUGGCUACAUUCUCACCUGCCCAUCCAACCUUGGAACUGGUCUCCGUGCCGGGGUGCACGUGAAGUUGCCAAACCUGAGCAAGAACGAAAAGUUCGGAGAGAUCCUGAAGAGGCUUAGACUGCAAAAGAGAGGAACAGGUGGAGUUGACACUGCAGCAGUUGGGGGAGUCUUCGAUAUAUCAAAUGCCGACCGUCUUGGCUUCUCAGAGGUGGAACUCGUUCAGACGGUGGUCGAUGGUGUCAAACUUCUAACAGACAUGGAAAAGCGUCUGGAGAAGGGCCAGUGUAUCAAUGACCUCAUCCCAGCACAGAAAUGAAUGCACUUUAAUGGCCAUGCGCUCUAAUUUAUUGGAUAAAUAGCCUCACGAGACCUUGGGACCCAACUCCUGCUUAGUAAAUGUAGAAAUGUCUUCCAUCUGUUCAUGGUUUCUUUUAGUUUUUUUUUUUUUUAUUAUUUUAUUUCUUGAUGGCUGCAAUGUUAUGAAAAAA